UGAUUGCUUCCUUGUCUCAAGGACGCCCAUUCCUGCCUGCCUUUCUGUGCCCUGGAUCUGCAACAUGCUUUCUCGUGCAAACCUCAGACUCCCCUUGGGUCGCUCUGUGUCUCUCUUUGCAUCCUUAUUUCCAUCACGCUGUCUCUUAUUCUUCCGUUCUCCCUCUAUUUUGCUCCAUCCCCCUCUGAUACAUCUCCAUCUCUUUCUCCCUCUCCCUGCCCUUUCUUGUUCUUGUUCUUGUUCUUCCUCUCCACCCCCUGCCAUCUCUCUCUCUCUCUUUUAAAUACAUCCAUAUCCAGAUACACCUGUGGCUUUCUGUCUCUGGGUCACUCCAUCUCUUUGUCCAUCUCUGUCUCAUUCUCUUUCUCACUCUUUCCGUCCCUCUGACCCCUUCUCUGCCUGGCUCUGUCUCAGUUCUCUCUGUGUCACUCUGGCUCUCUCCUUGUCCCUUCAUCUCUGCUUCUGUCCCUCUGCCCCUGGUCUGGCCACUCUCUCUCUCUCUGCUUUCCCCAUCUGCUUUCUGCCAUCUGCCUCUGUCCAUGGGCCACAGCUAACCAGAGCCCCUGCCUUGAACCUGUUUUCUCCUUGCAGCCUGACUACACGAUGACCAGGUGGGCUCUGCUCACGCUGAUGGUCCUGACAUUGGGCAGGACCCUGCUUGUCCCAGCAACCCCCACCCCAGGCUUCCAGCUCCUCCCUCAGAACUUUCCCCAGGCCACUGCCUGCCCCGUGACCUCGGAGAGCCCCUCAGCCAGUACCAUGGCACCCUCCACUGCUUGGGGUCACCCCAGCCCUGACCCCCACCCUGGACCCCGCAUCACCCUCUCGCUGGAUGUCCCCCUUGGCCUCCUGCAGAUCUUACUGGAGCAGGCCCGGGCCAGGGCUGUGAGGGAGCAGGCUGCUGCCAAUGCCCGCAUCCUGGCCCAGGUCGGCCGCCGCUGAGCCUGAGGGAGGCCGUCAAAAGGAUGGAGCCACCCUGGAUGGAGGAGACAGGCAGGGCAGCGGCGGAGCUGAACCUACAUCUGGACAUGGCGCAUCUGGACUCCGCCACAUGGAGUCACUGUCAUAUCAAAGUGCCUCACAGAGUCACAGUGUAUGUGGACAGCAUGCACGUGGCCACGCCAGGUUGCCAAUGGACUCUAGCCACUCCUAGGAGCCCCCCAGACUUACC